AUAAUAACCUGCUCCAUUUUCUAGCCCAGUCCCCAUCUCUCCAAGUUCAGGGCCGCCGCUCCAUCUUCUCGUCUUUCUUUCGUCGGAUUCACGGACUACUGGCAGCGCAGUUGACAGCUGGUUCCAACACUUGCCAAAUCAGCCAUGACCUGUUAGCUAUUCAUCAUUCCCCUCCCCGCUGCGAUCGAGCUGUUAUAAUCACCCUGUCGGAUGCGCGCUGGUUUGUUUGCUUGUUGGCACUUCUGUGAUACUCGCUUUGUUGCAGUCACACACGAUUCGUUGCCUUCCUAUAUACUUCUGUCUGCCUACUGCGAUCGCCCUCCAUGUCCGCUGCUGGCCCUCGAACUCAGAGCGCGUUGGACGACACGGUGGCCGGCGAUGACGCUCAGCAUCAACAUCAACAGCAGGGACUGAUCCCGAUCCCACCGUCCCCGACUCUGACGAACCCAGAUAUGAUACUACCCGAAGACGAGAACGAACGCGAAUCCUCGACCCCCUCUCCUCCGUUUCAGCUGCCAUCUCUAUCCAAUAUGCAGGCGUUCUAUGGAAACCGUCUGCGACAGUAUCUUCCAAAUGAGCUGAGUGAUGCGGGGAACGACACCAGCGUUGGAAUAGGGGCUCCAUUGUCCAAUCGAUUGCAGCAACCGGAUUUUCAGCGCCAUCCCUCAUCCUGGUCACUGCCGGAAGCAGGCCGUCGGUUAUCGGAUAUUGGGGAAGAAGAUGUCCUGUAUUCACCUAUGCCGCUGGGGGGACCGCAGCCCGAUGGUGGUGACACAGCAGAUUGGAGCAGCUCCUCUGAUUCCACCGUGAGCGGGUCUGGCGAGCUUGCGCAGCAGAAUGGCCACGCUACCUCCCGUGCUGAAGAAUUUCCAUCUGCGAUUCUGAGCAGUGAGGCGGAGAGGAUUCUCGAGAACGCAAAGAGGAGACUCACGCUCAUGGAAGGCAAUCUCAACCGGGCUCGCUCUUCGAUACGAUUGUCACCUUCGAUAUCUCCGUCGCCUACCCCAUCGGGCACCUCUUCCUCCUUAGGAUUUCACCAACCAGUCGGUGGCUUGUAUAGGUCAAUUUCACGUGCCGAUCGCAAAGUCUCUUCGCUUCGCCCCCGUCCGACGUACAGCAACGCUAGCUACUCUCAGGAUACAAGCAAUAAUCGUCACUCGAGAGUCCAGAGCGAAACGACCCUGCCCCCGCACUUGUCACCCGAGUCAGAACAGCUCUCGCGCUCUGUCAGUGCCAUGGGCUCAGAUACGUCCAGUUUCCGCAAUGAUGAACGAUCAUUUCGCUACGAGCCGACCAGACCAUAUCUCGCCUGGCGAACGGCCGCAUCAGGAACCCAGGGGCGUAAUUGGGAAAAUGAGCGACAGCCUGUGUCGCAAGGCAGUACGCCCCCUCUUGUAGUCUCACCAGAACCAGACGAAAGGAAGACAACUAUUUCUAGCAUGGAGGAUUUCAACGUAGUUCAUCCUUCUCAUGGCCCUCUGACACGUGCGCAAUCCCAGCUUCAAGUACGCGAUCUCCAAGACCAGAUGAAAGGUUUGCAUAUCAAAAUUUCAAGUCUAAAGGUAAAGACUCAGGAGGACAAUAUUCGGCGGCGCAGUUUUCAGUCCCUUCGGGCACCUAGUCCUUUCACCGCGGUAGAACAGUGGUAUCCUAGCUCGCUGGAACGUAGGGAUGGGAGCAGAAGCCCAUCCUUUAUUACCGCGAAAUCAGGAUUGACUUCGGAACGUAUCAACGAGGUGCCUGAUGAAGAGUAUGGGAGGGUAUACGAAGCUAAGAAAGUUGCCCCAGAAAAGGCUGACAGUCCAACUGUCGGGGAUUUGCCAGAACAAGCCUAUUCCGAAAACUCAGCGCACUAUACCGACGGCAGAGCCUCGGCCGUUGAGAGCCACUACGAGGACGCGGAAGAGGACCUAUACCACGAUGAAGACGGAUCGACGAACUCUGAGGCUGACAGCGAAGCCCUGGAUGAGAUCUUGAAUGAAGACUUCGACGGUGGCUUCGUUGACGCAAUGGAGCCGUUUCCUCCAAUCCCCCAGAGUGCUGAUUCGCGGCCACAUGAAGAGCGUGAGGAUGCGUUUGAUUAUGAGCACUUCAUCCUUCAUAGCGCUUUGGGAAACUACUCCCGUGCCAGCAAGUUGCGUAGCUCGAGCGGCAGUUCUACUUCUUCAGCGGCGACCACGAGACCGAUUCACGACCAUUCAGCAUCUGCUGUUCAGGAUGCCGGACGGGCACGGGCAAACAGUGCAGCAUCGACAUCUACAGUUGCGACUUUCACCACGGCAAUUGAGGGUGACAACGAUGACGACAUUGAAAGUGUCUUAUAUUGGGACAAAAAAUUCAACGACGAACUGGGGAUUCAGCAGCAAGGCAGUAAUAACGAUAAUCGAAACAUCCAGAGCGACUUGAGGAGCGCCACUCCGCGGUCAUCACCAGCCAUCGGAUCUGCCUCUACAUCCCUCGUCUCCUCCCUCGUCUCAACUGUGAAGGCCGCAUCGAAAACCAACUCUAGUACAGGAUCUGCUUCCGGCUCAAUUGCGAGUGGGACGGCAGGAAUCAACAACGACGACACGAAACUUCUGGAACAACUCUUCAACAGUCUUGGAAAGGUCUGUAUGGAUCUCCAGACCAUCACGACAACCCCGAAAUAUGACCAGAAGAUGGCACGAGUCUUGAGGAGAAGACUCGAUGCUGCACGGAGGGUGCUUGACGGAGAACUUGAUGCUUAGUGCACUACUUAUUAUGGGCAAUUCUUGCUCUUGAUUUAAUCGGAUCUAAUUACUUCUAUACCAUGUAUUUUUUGCUUCUUGUUUGUUUGUUAUUAUUGGAGUUUUAUACCCGGGGGCUUUCUUGUCUCUCUGUUCCAGUCGGACUGGGCACUUGUGUGUGAUACCCUGGUGUUUUUCGAGUGCUAUUCCUUUGUUUCAAAUAUUCUUGAUUUCUUGAUAUACUUUGUUAUAUCCAUUGAUGCCAUCCUUCUUCUUUUUAAUUAUCAUUUCAUCUCAGUUUGGUUUAAAGAUGUUCUUACUUCGAGUUUCCUCAAGUUCACCAAUCCAAAAUCCUGCAUAAACACAGUCCAAAGCCGGUGGAAGAAGAAUCCUCU